UCACAACAUUAACUGUUUCUUACAGUGACCCACUCGCUGAAGUAUUUCCUUACUGGAUCCUCUCAAGUCCCAAACUUCCCAGAGUUUGUGGUUGUUGGGAUGGUUGAUGAUGUUCAGAUUGAUUAUUAUGACAGCAACACGGAGAAAGCUGAGCCCAAACAGGACUGGAUUGCCAAGAACACAGAUCAGCAGUACUGGGAGAGAGAGACUGCAAACUGUUGGGGUUCCCAGCAGUCUUUCAAAGCCAACAUUGACACUGCAAAGCAGCGCUUCAACCAAACUGGAGGUGUUCACAUUGUCCAGCGGAUGUACGGCUGUGAAUGGGAUGAAGAAACAGGUGAAGUGAAUGGAUAUCGCCAAGAUGGUUAUGAUGGAGAGGACUUCAUAAGCUUUGACCUGAAGACAGAGACGUGGGUCGCUCCAAAACAACAGGCUGUCAUCACAAAGACGAAGUGGGACAGUAACAAAGCUACGAUCACACAGUAUAAGAACUACCUCACCCAGAUUUGUCCUGAGUGGCUGAAGAAGUAUGUGAACUAUGGGAGGAGCUCUCUGAUGAAAACAGUUCGUCCCUCAGUGUCUCUCCUCCAGAAGUCUUCCUCCUCCUCAGUCACCUGCCACGCUACAGGUUUCUAUCCUAACAGAGCUGAGAUGGUCUGGAAAAAAGAUGGAGUGGAGCUUCAUGAGGGUGUGAACAAAGGAGAGAUCCUCACCAACAAUGACGGGACCUUCCAGAUGAGUGUUGACCUGGAUGUCUCAUCAGUCAAACCUGAAGACUGGCACAGAUACAGAUGUGUGUUUCAACUCUCUGGUGUGAACGAGGACAUCGUCACCAGACUGGACAAAUCAGAGAUCAAGACCAAUGAAGGAAAUUCCUUCUCCCUGAUCAUCCCUGUUGUUGUUGCUGUGGUUGUUCUUGCUGCUAUCGCUGUGAUCGCAUUCAUUAUUUACAAAAAGAGGACAGACAAACGUCCCCCAUCUCCUGUAGAGAACCCUGAAGUCCAGGAGCAAAUGCUUCCUCAAGCCUAAACCACAAACAGCUCUGCACACAAGAACCUGAGAGAAGACGUGUCAGCUCGUUUUUCUCCAUAAACUGGAAUUCAUUGAAUUCUUUGAUUGUUCACAUCAUAAAAUCUGUUAAAAAGAUCUAAAAUCUAAAAUAUAGUUGCAGAUGCUUAUUAGUCAAGAUUUAAUGGAAAGGAGUUUGAAAAUGAGUUGGCAAACAUUACAUCAUUAACAUAUACAUCAUAAUGGUGGCAUUAAAUUAUUCUGAAUAUGUUGUUUUCAGUU